UGCUCUAAGCUGCCAGGGCUCUGCUUUUCUUACAGGGAAGCCAGCAACACAAAAAUGGGGGGUAAAGACCCUUUUUGUCUUGAGGGUAGUGGAUCAUUAACCUGGCCUUCCCCUCUCUUUGUCUUGUGUAGCCUUUCCUUCAUGUUCAGAUGGCGAAGGGAAGAGGUUCUUCAGUCCUGAUGGAGCCCAGAGUGAAGAUGGAGCAGCCAGACCAGAACAACCCUGAAGGAGGAGGAGAGCCCUAUGAAAUGUGGGGCAGGAGAAGUGUUGGGUUCCCAGGUAGAAUGGGUCAAGAUGUCUUGGAGGAGAAGUCCUUCAGAGCAGACCUUCAGUGCCAACGCUUCUGGUGCUUCCGCUACGAGGAGGCCUUGGGGCCCCGAGAGGUCUGCAGCCGCCUCCACUCUCUCUGCGGACGGUGGCUGAAGCCCAAGCAACACUCCAAGGCAGAGAUGCUGGACCUGGUGAUCCUGGAGAAGUUCCUGACCAUCCUCCCUCCUGAGAUGGAGCACUGGGUGAGGGAAUGUGGGGCAGAGACCAGUUCCCAGGCUGUGGCCUUGGCUGAAGGCUUCCUCUUGAGUCAGGCAGAAGAGGAGAAGGCACUGCAGGAAGAGCAGAAGGAAGGAGAGGUCCUUCAGGCCCAGGAGGCCCCAUUGGAUACCAGCUGUGGCUUCCUUUCCAGGCGGAUCAAGCUGGAGGAAGAGGAGGACACAAGAGCUGCUCCACCAGGAGACGAGACAAGGGUUCUGGGAAGACAUGACAGCUCCACUCUUUCUGAUGCAGGAGAAGUGACAUCCAUUCAGCAAGAUCAGGUGAUAUUUGAGGAUGUGGCUGUACAUUUCAGUGUGGAGGAGAGGGCCUUACUGGAUACGGAUCAACGGGCCCUGCACUGGGAAGUCAUGGAAGAAAAUUAUAGGAUGGUGGCUUCACUGGGUGGUGAUGGACAAGGGAGUGAUAGUGGGGGAGCUCCAAAUAAAAUGUGGCUGAAAACAGUGGGAAGUAAAAUGGAGGAGGAAAGAAGCCUAAAAAUGGAAGCAGAAGGAUAUAACAGGAACUGGUGCCCUGUCGACAUCAGGGAAAUCAAAAUCGAAGAGACAAUAGACAAAAGCAGGGAGAUUGGAAACAGCCCUGUCUAUGAAAAUAUCUUCUUCCAGGAGGCAUACAAUGAAAAAUACCAAAUUGUUGUCAAGCCAUAUAAAUGCCUGGAGUGUGGAAAGAGUUACUUUCAGAAAAAAAGCCUCAGCAGACACAAAAGAACCCACACGCAAGGGAAGCCAUAUAAAUGCCGCGAGUGUGGAAAAGGUUUUUCCUGUAAGAGAAAUGUUAUUGGGCACGAAAUGAAUCACAGAGGAGAGAAACCCUAUCAAUGUCUGGAGUGCGAGAAGAGUUUCUCUUUCAGUGACAGCCUAAAGCUGCACCAAAACACCCACUUGAGAGAGAAGCCCUAUAAAUGCCUGGAGUGUGGGAAAGCCUUCUUUCAGAAAGGACACCUCAAAAGCCACAUAAAUACCCACAUGCAAGAGAAGCCAUAUAAAUGCACCGAGUGUGGGAGAAGUUUUUCCUGUAAGAGACGUCUUACUGGGCACGAAAUGAAUCACAGAGGAGAGAAACCCUAUCAAUGUCUGGAGUGCGGGAAGAGUUUCUCUUUCAGAGAGACCCUAACACAGCACCAAAACACCCACAGAGAAGAGAAGCCAUAUAAAUGCCCGGAGUGCGGGAAAUGCUUUUUUUACAAAGGAUACCUCAACAAACACAUAAAUACCCACACACAUUAGAGGCCAUAUAAAUGCAUGGAGUGUGGGAGAGGCUUUUUGGAUAAGAGACGUCUUAUUGCACAAGAAAUGAAUUGCAGAAGAGAGGAAACCUAUCAAUGCCUGGAGUGCGGGAAGUUAUACCCUUAAAUCUGUUCUUAAAGUUCACCAGAAGAGUCAUACAGAAGAGAGUGGGAAGAGUUUUAGCUACAAAUCAAACCUCAAAAAUAUGCAGAAUAGUCAUAUAGAAGUCAAAAUUGAAUUAUUAAUAUUAUUAUUUUAUUUUAUUAAAUUUUAAUUAUUUUUCCAUAAUUAUAUUAAAACAGGGGAGUGA